GUUGUUAUGCGCAAAGAAUGCGCAGCGUUGUAUGCCUCCAACACAAAUCUCUCCGCCUGCAUGUUCAAGGCAAGGGUGUGUCAGUGAACGUUUAAUCUACUGGUUGACACGAAGGUUUGUCUUGACUGAAUAAUUUCAAAGUUGAUCAGCCGUCAUGUGUUGCGCGAUGAAUACUACAGUAGCAGUAACAGUUGGAGUAGUGGUGGUCUCAACAGCAGGUGUACUGUGUUAUCUUUAUCUAAACAGGAAAAGGAAACCAAAGAUUACACUAAUUGAUCCCUCUGAAAAAUACAAACUGAGGCUCAUAGAUAAAGAGAUUUUAAGUCAUGAUACCCGCAAAUUUCGAUUUGCUUUGCCUAGCCCAGAGCACGUGCUGGGUUUACCAGUAGGCAAGCAUGUUUAUCUCUCUGCCAGGAUUGAUGGUGCGUUGAUUGUGCGCCCCUAUACGCCAGUGACCAGCGAUGAUGACAAAGGAUAUGUUGACCUUGUUGUUAAGAUUUAUUUUAACAACGUGCACCCCAAAUUUCCUGAAGGGGGGAAGAUGUCCCAAUACCUGGAAAGCUUGAGGAUUGGAGACAUGAUCGACUUCAGAGGACCGGGAGGUUUGCUGGAGUACAAAGGGCAAGGUCGAUUUGCUAUACAGGCUGAUAAAAAGGCUCCUGCUGAGAUUAAGGUUGCAAAAGCGCUGGGACUUAUAGCUGGAGGAACGGGCAUAACUCCUCUGUUGCAGCUUAUUCGUGAUAUCAUGAAGAAUCCAAGUGAUACAACUACGUGCCACCUGCUGUUUGCCAACCAGACUGAGAGGGACAUUCUGCUAAAGGAUGAGCUGGAAGAGAUUCAAGCAAGGCAUAGAGAUCGCUUUAAACUGUGGUUUACAGUGGACAAAGCACCUGCUGAUUGGGAAUACAGCCAGGGCUUCAUCAGUGCUGAGAUGAUUAAGGAGCACCUGCCUCCGCCCAGUGAUGACUGUAUGAUCCUCAUGUGUGGCCCACCUCCCAUGAUCCAGUUUUCCUGUAAUCCCAGUCUGGACAAACUAGGCUAUCGCCAAAGCCAGCGCUUUGCCUAUUAAACCUUUGUGGAUGACACCAAAAUGACACGACAGAUGCUGACUUGCUAUCACCAAAUCAAGCUAAUGCACAGAUAUAGCAUUAUAAAUCUAAGCGUGCAUAGCCACGUUAAAAAUGCAUUUAACUUUUAAGUGCCAGCUUAUAAUUGAUCGUAUAUUAAAAUCCCUUAAUACCAUAUAAAGAUGGUCUGCACUAUUCUUGGGUUUACCUUUCACCAUUGUGGAUUUGAGUUUGUUUAUGCACUAAAAACUGAUGCUGUAGAAAAGCCCCAAUCUAAUGCACUUAAAAAGGCACUAGUGUGUAUUUAUUAUGUGUGCUAUUUGACAUUAAUGCUGAAUAUAUUACUUGCGACUUAACUGGUAUUAUGUGCACAUUGUUAAUGGUGUAUAUUUGUUCUCACCGGGGUAUUUUUGUAUGCAUGCCGUACUCCAUAUGUUUAUCUAUUGUUAACCACCAUGCUUUAAAAGCAAUGGCUGUAUUUUAUACAAAAUGCACUAAAGGAAAGUGGAGCUGGGUGCUCAUUAAAGUGAUUUUUCCACAAAA